AUGGAUGUCAUCAAGAUCAACAUGAGAAAUCUGGACUAUAGAAUCAUUGUCAUUUCACUCUGCAUUUCACACCUCUUCACUCUCUAUGAAGGACGCCCCUUAAGAAAAAGGACGGUGAGCGAGGUCCAGCUCAUGCACAACCUCGGGGAGCACAAGCAGGUGCAGGAGCGGCGGGAGUGGCUGCAGAUGCGGCUGCGGGGCAUCCACACGGCCCCGGGCCGGGGCAGCAGCGCGGAGGCGGGCCGGACGAGGAAGAGGCUGCGUCCGGAGGAGCUGCCCGACCUGAGCGACCUGACACCCGAGGAGAUCCAGUACGCUUUGAACUUCUUGGAGAAACUCCUCAAGUCAAAGCACUCGUGA